AUGACAGAGUAUAAACUAGUUGUUGUUGGAGCCGGGGGCGUAGGAAAAUCUGCGCUCACAAUUCAAUUAAUACAAAAUCAUUUUGUUGAUGAAUAUGAUCCUACAAUUGAAGAUUCAUAUAGAAAGCAGGUGGUAAUUGAUGGAGAAACUUGUUUAUUGGAUAUCUUAGAUACUGCAGGACAAGAAGAGUAUAGUGCUAUGAGAGAUCAAUAUAUGAGAACUGGUGAAGGAUUUUUACUCGUUUUUGCUGUUAAUUCUGCAAAAAGUUUUGAAGAUAUAGGAACGUAUAGAGAGCAAAUUAAAAGAGUGAAAGAUGCUGAAGAAGUGCCUAUGGUAUUAGUUGGAAAUAAGUGUGAUCUUCAACAAUCGUGGGCUGUGAAUAUGACACAAGCAAGAGAAGUUGCUCGCCAAUACGGUGUUCCAUUUGUAGAAACAUCAGCAAAAACUCGAAUGGGAGUUGAUGAUGCUUUCUAUACUUUGGUCAGAGAAAUAAGAAAGGACAAAGAACAUCGAGGAAAAGAAAAGAAAAAAAGGAUGCGUGCUAAUAAUUCUGGUCGUGGUCGAACGCGAUGCUGUCUACUGUAA